AUGAAGAACGGCUCCGCACCAGGACCGGACGGUCUCCCAGCGGAGUUCUACCGCACGUUCUGGCACAUUCUCGGUAACUUCUUUACCGCUGUCGUGCGGGUCUGCUUUGAAGACCUCCUCCUAGCGCCAUCCUUUCGGCUGGGACGGAUCGUACUCAUCCCCAAGGAGGGUGGUGACCAUGCCGACCCCGGGGCAUGGCGCCCGAUAACGUUGUUAAACAGUGACUACAAGCUCCUCGCGGCGACCCUAGCCUCGCGUCUGCAAACUUUCCUACAGGAGCUGGUAAACCCCCGACAGACGUGCUCGGUGUCGGGCCGCAGCAUACAUACUUUGACGACUCUCACUUGCGACAUCCUGGAGUUCACACGCUCCCGACGGGCGAACGGGCUUCUCGUGUCGUUGGACCAAGACAAGGCGUUCGACCGCGUCGAGCACCAAUACCUGCUCGGUGUUCUCGACGGCAUAGAGCCCUUCCUGGUUGGAGUCGACAGGCACCCCAGCAUAAGCGGACUUGCUCUACCUGGGUCCGGUGAGCUUCCUGUCUCGGCGUAUGCGGACGACGUGACCCUCUACCUGCGCGACGAAGACAGCCUGGUGAAGGCCCUCCGACUCUUCGACGAGUACGCGUGCCUCUCCGGCGCACGGUUGAACCCUGAAAAAAGCAAAUCUUUCUGUAUCGGGGCUCCCCCCAGGUGCCCGCCAUCUCUGCCGCGAGCCCAGUCCGUUACCAUUCUUGGAAUCUCGUACGACGCCUCCGGCGUGGCUCCGGAGACCUGGGCCAACCUGCGUCAAGAGAUCAUAGAGAAGGCCGCUGAAGCUGGCCAUUACGACUUCCCCAUGGCUGUGCGGCGGUACCUUGUUCAGACGGUUUUCUGCGGAAGGUCUACCGCGGAUCUCUUCGACAAGCUCAGCGUCCACGUGUCACGAGAGGAGAUACUCGAGGCCCCGGCGUCUAGGCUUGCUGAACGCCUAGUGGUGGCAGACCAACCCCCGCCGCCGGGCACGGUGCAGCCGUACCCGUGGCUGGCACUGACGUCGUCCACGCUGCCGGACCACGUGCGCGACUUUGAAUGGUUAAAGGAUGAGCGCCACGUGACAAUGCUCCUGCGGCGGUUCUGGAGAAGGGGCCGCAACCCGGGCGCGGUGGCGGGCCACUGGCUGCUCCUCUGGCUGGGCGUGCUGCUGCCGCCGACCCUGGUCUGGGCAGAGCCCCAGGGGGACGCGUGCCCCUCCUGGAACCGGAGGCCCUGGUGCCCCUGCUACGAGUUCGACAGUGACGUCUUCCUCGAGUGUAACUCGGUGUCCCCCGAGCAGAUCGGAGUCACCCUGGCCGAGAUACACAGCCCCGUCAAGAUGCUCAGCGUCUACAACCUGCACUCGAACAUGACCACGCUCCCGGCUGGCUUCUUUCUCAACCGCACCAUAUCCCGCCUCUUCAUAUCCAACACGCAGAUCAGCAGCGUCGAGGAAGACGUGUUCCUCGGACUUGACGAGACCCUCGAGACGCUCUCGCUCACGCAGAGCAAACUCAGGGAGGUUCCCAAGGGCGCGCUAAAGAACCUCAGGGCCCUCCGCUCCCUCGAGCUCAGUUCCAACGAGAUAGGGGAACUGGACAGUUACGUCUUCUACGGUCUGCAGCUGACGAAUCUUCAGCUUUCCAAGAACAAGAUCGAACACAUCACUGAGUACGCGUUCGGAGGUCUGGAAAACAGCCUGGAGGAGCUUAAUCUUAUCGACAGUGGGCAGAGGUCGUUCCCACUGAACGCUCUCCGGAGACUACGGAGCCUGAAGGCACUCAGGCUGGCCGAAAACGAAAUCAAAGACAUACCUGACGACGGCUUCACGCGGUUCACGGCACUGCAGAGGUUGGAUAUGAGCUCCAACCGCAUCCGAGAGCUGAACGAACGAAGCUUCGUUACCAUGCCACGACUCACUUCGCUGUCGCUGCACAUGAACCAAUUGAGCGACCUCGAUGACUCCUGUUUUAUACACCUUCUUGAGCUGGAAGCCCUUGACCUCAGUCAGAACACAAUACACACGCUAGGUCGUCGGGCCUUGACACCGUUAAAGAAACUACGAACCAUAGAACUAAGUUCGAACCACUUGCACAGCGUUGAGAGCGGCACUUUUCAGAACAUGACUCACCUGCGAGAAGUACUCCUUUCCAACAACAACAUUCUUAGAAUCACAAACGACACUUUUCUCAACUCUUCUCAAAUUUCGGCUUUAUUCUUAGCCAACAACGCAAUAACACAGAUUGAAAUAGCCGCGUUCUACUCUCUCCCCCACUUGUUCCAGCUUCACUUGUCGUACAACCAGCUCCGCAGCAUUCAUUCCACGAUGUUCAAGAAUAACCGAGAGCUUCGUUCCCUCUCCUUGGACAGCAACUUGAUCGCGGACUUGCUGCCAGGAACUUUCCAGGAGCUUGUAGAACUCAGAGACCUUCGAUUGGAAAAUAACUUACUCAAAAAAAUACGCAAGGGCGUCUUCUACUCGUUGCCCAACCUGCAGGAGCUGCAUCUUCAGUUCAACCGUAUUGAGACAAUCGAGAACGAAGCGUUCCAAAGUCUGGCCAACUUGCAACAUCUCAAUCUUCACGGCAACAGGCUCACCGACGUUGGCGACAUCCUCAGUCGAUAUCCGUCCAGUUUAAGGUCCCUGAUUCUGACCCAGAACGAAAUCAGCAAUAUGCACGCCAACAGCAUGAGUGGGCUCAACAAAGUGGACAUUCUCUGGCUGGACUGGAAUAAGCUGAGCCGCCUAAGAAAAGAGAUGUUUCGCGACCUCAUUGAAGUCGACCGCCUUCACUUGAACCACAAUGAGAUCACAAUAAUCGAAGAGGGAACAUUCGAAAGAAUGAUCAAGUUGAGAACGCUCUAUAUGGAAUACAACACGUUAAGUCACGUCAGUACGGACAUGUUCCGCGGGGCGGAAAGUUUAGAAGAACUUUACCUGUCGCACAAUAACAUUAUGGACAUAGAACCGCAGACAUUUCAGUCCUUGAAGAAACUUAAAGUUUUGCAUAUGUCUCACAACCAAAUAUAUGUCAUACGAAAGUAUAUGUUCGAGGGUCAAAUUCCUCUUCACGAAUUAUUGCUUUCAAGUGUCAUGGCGGAGGAUGUUGAGGCUGGCUCUUUCCUGGAACUGUCAUCUCUUGUUACCCUGGACAUCAGCAACAACAAAUUGAUCAGCGCGAGAGUUGAUUUCUUGUUCCUUCCAAGUGUGAAACAUCUAGACCUGUCAGGAAAUAAUUUGACGGGCGUUCAUGAUAACAUCUUCUACGGUUUAUCAGCGCUCGAGACGCUACAGAUUGAAAACACAGGAAUCAGUCCGAUCACAGGAAAGCUUUUUGAGCCACUCUCCGAGCUGAAAGUUCUCAACCUCAGAGGAAAUGGGAUCCAAGAUUUGGACGGAAAACAGUUGCAUGGAUUAACAAACCUGACUGAGCUCAAGCUGGACAACAACAAUCUUAGUCUCUUGCCUUCUUCAGCCACGGAACUGAUGCCGAAUCUCGAACUCCUGUCUUUGUGUCAAAACAAGAUUAGUAGGAUAAGCAGUAAAGCCUUAAAGUCUAAUACAGCUCUCGCUAGAAUUAAUCUGAGCAACAACUCGAUAUCCGAAAUUGCGAACGAUGCGUUCUACAACUUGACAAGCCUCAAGGAACUGAUCCUGACAAACAACAUGCUUACGGUCCUUGACGCUUCAAUCACGGGGGCUUUAAAGUCUAUCCAGGAAUUGUCAUUCGAAGGAAACAACCUUAGCUUCAUCCCAAACGCCUUGCUCACUACAAACAUGGACCAACUGUUGACACUAAACUUGAAUCAUAACCCUCUCAUUAGAAUCCGUGAAGACUUCACCACUGAAGGAAGUUUCACUGCAUUGCGCCACCUCAACAUAGAGCACAGCAACAUCUCAAUCGUUGCUUCCAACGAUUUCGUCGGAUUCCCCUCACUGUCUGCGCUAUCCCUCAGCCACAACAGCAUCAUCAAAGUGUCACCGGGAGCGUUCAAGCCUCUUAAGAAAUUGCAGGUCUUGGACCUCGGCUACAACUCAAUAGACAUUCUGCCGUCUGAACGCUUUCAGGGAAUCGAUCGCCUUCAGAUCAUCAACCUUACCCACAACCUUAUCAUGGACCUGCCGCGAUUCGGAUCGGAUCUUCAGCACUUGGAACAGCUAGAUCUCUCCUAUAACAAGCUCACUCGGCUUCAUGAAAAAGUGUUCAGCAACGUGCAUAGACUCCGAAGUCUUUCCCUUCGCAGCAACGAGCUGGGCUGGGUGGCGGUGAGUGCCUUCGUCAACCUUACAGCUCUGGUCAGCUUAGAUCUUCGAGACAACAAACUUGCCUACCUUGCCAGCUCUGUGCUUCAGCCUAUUGAAGUGCGACUCGGCGAACUCUUACUCUUCGGCAACCCGUUUCACUGCGACUGCCGGCUGCUGGGCCUCUGGGAAUGGCUUCAGGACCAUCCUCGCCUAGCCACCCGCGACCCGUCCUGUUCGCUGCCGGACAAACUGGCCAAUCAGUCGGUUGGCUCCCUGCACCCGGUUGACUUCUGCCCGGCGCCGCUGAUGACGUCGACCGAAGUGCGACGCUUGGACCACGACCGGCUGUCCCUUGAAUGGGACGUCCAGAACGGCACCCUCAUCGGCGGCUUCCUGGUCACGUACCACGCCACCUCCGAGCCGGCUCCCGCGGCCGGCACCUCGCUGGAGCCCAGCGUGCGCCGUUACGACAUCGACGGGCUCCGGACCGAGACGUGGUACACGGUGUGCGUGACGGCCACGGGCAAGUACCUGCGCAGCCUUGGCCGGCCCACGCCGUACACGGCCGACGUGGAACGCCCUUACGAUAUGUCCACCAACAACCGGAAGUGUCUCCAGGUCCGGACUUUAGCCAAGACGGACAAGACGCGCGUGACCCUGUCCACGCUGGGCAUCAUCCUCGGCGGCAGUGUGAGCGCGGUCCUGGUGCUCAUCCUGGCCGUGCUUCUGACGGCGCUCAAGUUCAAGCGCCGGCGGCGCAGGCGCCCCGUCAAGGCCAACGACGUGCCCCAGGAGUACAUUUCGUACCGGCACUUCUCCAUCCAGAGCAACGACGGCGUCUACUCCUGA